UGUCUAUUACCUUGGUAACUUGCUUCUUCUGUAUCCUCACAGUCAGGAGGAAUCUUUUGGAUCUGAGUGCAGAAGAAAGGAGGCGUUUUGUGAAUGCCUUACACCAAGCCAAGGUGACAAUCCACGCUGACAUUGUUAUUGCUACAAGACGACGUGAGGAAAUCUUUGGACCAGAUGGCAACACACCGCAAUUCGAGAAUAUCUCCAUUUAUAACUACUUUGUGUGGUCUCAUUACUAUUCUGUUAGGAAAACUUUCCUUGGUGCAGGGCAGCAGAGUUUUGGAGGAAUUGAUUUCUCUCAUGAGGGGCCAGCUUUUGUCACAUGGCAUAGGUACCACCUACUGCAGCUUGAAAGAGACAUGCAGAACAUGCUGCAAGACCCCACUUUUGCACUGCCCUACUGGAACUUUGCAACAGGACAAAACACCUGUGAUAUCUGCUCAGAUGACUUGAUGGGAGCUAGAAGCAAUUUUGAUGUCUCUCUUAUCAGCCAGAACUCAAUCUUCUCUCAGUGGCGAGUGCUAUGUGAAAAUAUAGAAGACUAUGAAACUUUGGGAACCAUCUGUAACAGCACUGAGGGUGGUCCCAUCCGAAGAAAUCCUGCUGGAAAUGUUGCACGGCCUAUGGUACAGCGUCUCCCAGAGCCCGAGGACGUUGCUCAGUGUUUGGAAGUUGGUGUAUUUGACACUCCUCCUUUCUAUUCUAAUUCAACAGACAGUUUCCGUAACACAGUAGAAGGGUACAGUGAUCCUUCAGGGAAAUAUGACCCAGCAGUUCGAAGUCUUCACAACUUGGCUCAUCUAUUUUUGAAUGGAACAGGAGGGCAAACCCAUUUAUCACCAAAUGAUCCCAUUUUUGUCCUCCUGCACACAUUUACAGAUGCUGUUUUUGAUGAGUGGCUGAGAAGGUAUUCUGCAGAUAUCUCAACAUAUCCACUGGAGAAUGCCCCUAUUGGACAUAACCGACAGUAUAAUAUGGUGCCUUUCUGGCCUCCAGUUACCAAUAAUGAAAUGUUUGUUACUGCACCAGAAAACCUGGGAUACAGCUACGAAGUCGAGUGGCCAGGUCGGGCUCUCCGUGUCACAGAGAUGAUAACUAUUGCAAUAGUGACUGCCCUGGUUCUUGUUGCAAUUAUCUUCGCUGCUGCUGCCUGUAUCAUACGUGUCAAGAAAAAUAAGGAUGAGUUGCAUCAGCCUCUUCUUACUGACCAGUAUCAGCACUACUCAGAUGAUUACGAUGGCAUACCGACACCGAGUCAGUCUGUUGUUUGAAGAGACGGCACUAUUUGCAUCUGACUGAAACUGUUUGUUUGCUGUAUUUUAUAAAUGGUGGUCAUCCAUCUGCUUUAAAAUAAAGAGCAUAAACUGUCA